AUGUCCUCAGAAGCAAGGCCAAUUCCACCCGCGCAAUUUGCGGCUGCGCUUGAGGACCUGCCAGUGGAGAACCUCUAUGCUAAAGUCUCGGAGAUUCGAAAUUCUAUUGCUCACCUGGAAAGAUCGAACAAAGAGCUCGAAGACUACUCGAAUAGUGCCGGAGGGGAUGCUGACUGCGUGGCUGCUGUGCGGGAGAAUGAGGAAGUGAUUGGCAGGAUGAAUGGCAGGAUCGAGCUAAUCAAGAACGAGGUUGAGCGGAGAGGUCAGAAAUGGCACGAAGCAGAAAUGAAUGGAGAAGUGGAUGGCGAAGCCGCAGCUGGUGGUACCCUGACCGAUGAAGAGCUACGAAGGGAGAUGGAAGCGAGGAUGGCAGAAGAGGAUGACGACGCAGAAGAGGGGGUGCAUUUAUGA